UGCUUGUGCAGCUGCAUCUGUCUCCUGAUUACCGAAAUCUGUCAUCAAUUCAUCAUCAUCUCCGACUCUCCCGUCUCGUCUCUCCCUCUGCCAAACCUCCACCCCCAGCCCGCAGUCGCCCCCGUUGGUUUCGGUUCCUAGCUCCGACCAGGUCGUCGUCGAGGACGACGAGGCGCACCCGAUCGAGUUGUGGUUGUGAUCCCGCGGGAAGUUCCGGCGGACUGGGUAUCCCACUCCAGCUCGGCACGGUCGAGGAGGAGGGGAGGCGCACGGAUGGCGGCCCGCGUCCUCCUCCUCCACACUCGCUGCUACUCCGCCUCCGCCUUCCCCGCCGCCGAGGACAUGGUCAUCUCCUCCCUCCGCCGUCUCCCUUCCACUCCCCUUGCCAACCCACCUCCACCCCCCACUCGUCCCCAAUGUAUCUACCCCACUCCCGGGCCCCAUCCCCCACCUCCGCCGCCGCCUACCGCCCUGCUCCUCUCCGCCGCCGACCGCCUCCGUGGGGUAUUCCUCCGCAAGCCCCUGGGUCGCGCCACGCUCCACCGGGCGCUCUCCUCCACGGGCCUUGAUGCCACCACCGCGCUCUCGCCGGAGGUACUCGCCGAUGUCGUCAACGCUGGCGACCUCGGCGGCGCUGCCACCGUCGCCUUCUUCGACUGGGCGGUCACCAACUCUGAUCCGCCGCCGUCUAUCCACACCUGCAACAUCGUCAUCAAGGCAUUAGGGAGGAAGAAAUUCUUCGAUUUCCUUGACGACGCCCUGCAGAUCAUGCGGAGAAACAACGUCUUUCCAGACCUGACCACGCUGGAGAUCAUCGUGGAUAGCCUAGUUGCCGCCAGGCAUGUCAGCAGGGCUGUUGAAGUGCUUAGUACUGACCAAUUUGGGUUUGGAAUUGGGAAAGCUUGCCACAGAAAGGAAGCAUUUGCUAUCCUCAUCGGUUGCCUUUGCCGGAGGUCACAUGUAGGCCUUGCCAAUUCGCUCUUGCAGGCUGCUCGAAAGGAGUUGCUUGGUCUUGAUAACCAUGUGUACAAUGAUGUGAUGGGUGGCUGGGCGAGGCUUGGGAGUGUUGACAAGAUGCAGGAGGUUUGGACAAAGAUGCAGGAGGAUGGUCUGGUGCCAGAUGAGGUUUCACAUUGCCAUCUAAUUGAGGCGUUGGGUAGAGCAGGGCGGACUGAAGAUGCACUCAGGGUGUUUGAGAAUAUGGCAAGUGAGAGAUUGGGUCCAACUACGAUGACUUACAAUGCACUUAUUUUCAAUUUUAUCUCUACUGGGGAUUUGGACAGGUGCAUCAAGUACUACAAAGAUAUGUUGGACAAGAAUUGUCCGCCAAACAUCAACACAUACUUCAAGAUAAUUAAAGCCUUUCUGAAAGAGCGCAGGGUGGCUGAUGCACUUCAAAUGUUUGAGAAUAUGCUGGCUCGAGGCGUUCUGCCAAAUACUGGGGUGAUAACAUCAUUUAUCGAGCCAUUGUGUACAUUUGGACCGCCUCAUGCUGCUUUGAUGAUUUACAAAAAGAGUAGGAAGGCUGGUUGUGUAAUAUCCUUGAAAGCUUACAAGCUUUUGCUCGAUAGGCUUGCUAAAUUUGGGAAGAGCGGAAUUGUUUUGAACAUAUGGGAAGAGAUGCAAGAGUGUGGAUAUCAACCCGAUAAAGAGAUUUAUGAGUUUAUUGUAAAUGGGCUUUGCAAUGUGGGCAAGGUUGAUGCAGCUGUGUCUGUGAUGGAGGAAUCACUUCGGAAUGGCUUCUGUCUUGGGAGAAUUGUUUACAGCAAACUGAACAACAAACUGUUGGAAAUGGACAAAGUUGAGACUGCAUAUAAUCUGUUCAAGAAAGUCAAAGAGGCACGAGCACUUACUAACUCACGCAAUUAUUGUCGUGCUAAUGGUUGGCAUUCCUGAAUUCUGAGCAUAAUAAGUUUGUAUUUGAAUGGUGGAUCUUUGCUAUUCCGCUUGCUGGUGACUGGUGAGAGGCAGAUAGCUUCAUAUGCCUUUCUGUCACAACUGUGAUGAAGCUAAAACUCUAAAUAACCAUGGUGAACGGUUCAAGGGAGCUCUAAAUUUAAAAGGAAAAAAACAGCUGGAACCUGAAUUUUGAGAACUUGGGCCCCGCGGGAUGUUGCAGAGGAAGUAGCACCCUGUAUCUGAGAAGUACCUGAAGGAGCAGCGGCUUCCUCCUCAGACAUUUAUUCCCUUGCAAUCAGUUCGCGUGAAGCCAAUAAUUGAGAAGCUGCGAACCCUUGGUGGAUCUGCGCAGUUGGUUUUUGAUGUCAUUCAAUAUCC